UUGUGGGUGGCGGGUGUGUGGUGGCACCCUCCUGUAUUCUGAACAAAAGUUUUCAACGUUGAGAAUUGACAUCGGCUGUUGAGGCUCAAUGAAGAUGGAGUUGCUGAGGCGGGUUGUGGCGGCUGUGGUGCUGGCUGGUGUGGUGGUGGUGCUGGCUGGUGUGGUGGUGGUGGCAGUGACGUCGAGGAGAGCACCGCCACUUCCAGCCAGUGACGCCAUGGAGGCCAUCGCCAGGGAGGGCAAACACCACUACGAAGUCAUCACCAAAGAAUCCCAGAUGCCGAGGUACGGGGAUUGCUACCAGGCCACGCUCCGGGACCUGCACGACGGCUGCUCUGACCUCACCGAUGAGGUGCAGAGUCGUCUGGCGUUGGCCUUCACCAACUGCUACGUGGCCAGGUUCGGGUGGGCGGUGUAUCCGUGUGGCCCUAAGCAGCCCCUGGCUGCCUGCAUGCGCCACCUGGAUUCUCGUGCUGCCUCGGUUUACUCGGCCAUGCUAUCCAACACCCUGGCCAUGUGUCACUUCCUGCAAGCCCAGGCUUGGCACAGUGCCACCACACACGCUGUACACAGCCUGCAGGAGGCAUCAGAGAAAGUGAGCUCGCAGCUGUCGCAGGCUGUGGACUCCGCUGCGGCCCUCACGCUGCAGAUGGACACCCAGAUCACGGAGUCCCGCCAGGCCCUCAAGCACGCAUUCUUGGAGAUAAGGGAGUCUACGGCCGAGCAGAGAGGGCUGAUCAUCGACGUGUUCGACCGUGUGGCCGAGCUCCAGAGCCUCCUGAUGGGCGAGUUCUCCUGGUUUUAUGCCGUUCGUAUCAGUCUCUUUAUACUGUUAUUAAUUCUUAUUGGUGGUGGAGGAUGUGGCUGGCAAGACCUUGGUCGCGGGUUCGCGCCGCCUCACAGCCCUGGUGGAUUUUCUCAGUCUUUAAUGUUGUGUACUUUCUAUCAUAUUAACUGUUCAAGGUCGGAUCGUGGGCUACGACCCAACUCGUGGCAAGACUUAGAGAGCUCUCUGGGUGGACAAUGGGACCCAGUGGCGGUGACCACAUCCAAGCUGGAGCAACUAGCUGCCGCCACCGCUGAUAUCAGGAAACUCAUCCACUCUACACCUGGGCUGGUGAAAGCAAGCAGCAGGUCCCCUGUGGCGCUCUCACCGGUGAUCGAGCAAAGCGACUCUUCGGACGACAUCUACGACCCUGACGACGAUUCUGACGACUACUCCGACCUGGAAGUCUCUCCCUACGUCUUUGGAAGUCUCGCCACACCUAUGAUCAAGGAGCAUGGGAGCAGCAGAGAAGGGCGCUACUCCCUGAGGCCUCGACCACGAGGGACGGUGCAAGAAAACCCACUUUUGGCUCAGGAGACGCCAGAGUCCUUCGCUCGUACCAUACGCCACCUGGAGGUCCUUUCCAGACACCGGUCUCGCUCUCAGGUGUGGCAGUUCUCCGCACUCCGUUACUCUAAAGACCUAAGUCAAGUUUCUAGUGAAGACUGAGGUAAGUCGUGGCCUGACAGCCGUGACAUUGAAGGAUAUCAAUGGUUACAAUACCUACUGUGACGAGAUGAAAUUUUAAGAUAAAUAGUACAGUUACUUCCUAGAGAGGAUAAGAGCAGUGAGAGACGAGGAGGGUACUAGUGGCGCGCCACUCAUUAACAUCGAAGCCUAUAGGUCCCUUAUACCUUGUAACUUCACCAAGGAACGCAUCCUAGUGUUAGGUUUUACUGGUGCUCACUUUACUAGUGGUUUUUCUGUUUAAUGAAAUUAAUGUGUUAAGAGGUUUUAAAUAUGCAUCCAACAUGUAGAUUUUAUAAAACUUAAAAUAAAGAUAUGGGCGAUUUGCAUUACUGCAAUAAAGUGCCGUAUGUCAAACAUUUAUUAAAAUAAUUGUAAUAAAAAUACCGUAUAUACCAAUUGGUAUACAAGCACUUCAGAUUCUAAAUUGGAACAUUGUCUUUUGGUGGGAGCACUGUUGCAGUGACCUGUCUUAGGGUGGCAGCACUGUUGCAGUGACUUGCUUGUAUUUUGUAAGCAUGAUUUUUAAAUUAAAGUUUGUAAAAUA